CAACUUUAUUUUUGACGUUACUUCAAGGUCACUCGCAACACAACAAAAUUGGUGUGUACAUCAACUUUUUGCAGCGUAUUUUAUCUAAAUUUUACUUUUUUGUGUCUCAAAGCAUGCUUUAAAACAAGGCUUUUGUUUUUAUUACAAUAGACUGGCAGAUCCUUGUCUUCAUUUCCCCAUAAACUUUUACAUAAUCAGGUUUUCGGCUGAGUGAAAUUUCCAACGGUGUACGUACAUUUUCUUUUCGUAAGAAGUUGAGGAUCUUAGUUCUCCGUCAAGAAGGAAAGAAUUUUUGUGCAAGUUACUAGUCAACCAACUCAUAUUCAGUUGUAUUUGUUUAUCUAGUCAAUCGAUACCUCUGACUCAGUACAAUGAAGAUAAAUAUCGAUGGACUACUGGUCUAUUUCCCAUAUGAGUACAUCUAUCCAGAGCAAUAUCAUUAUAUGAUUGAGUUAAAGCGUACCAUAGAUGCUAAAGGUCAUGGUGUUUUAGAAAUGCCAUCUGGGACUGGCAAAACAGUUUCACUACUCUCAUUAAUUGUUGCAUAUAUGAAAGCUCGUCCUGGAAUAGUUGAAAAAUUCAUUUAUUGUUCACGUACAGUACCUGAAUUAGAAAAAGUCAUUGAUGAAUUAAAAGUUCUUGAUAAAUAUUAUGCAACGGAAACUGAUGAAAAAGGAUGUGGUCUAUUGGGAAUUGUUCUUAGUUCACGCAAAAAUCUAUGCAUUCAACGUGAUGUAAAACAGGCUGGUGAUGGAGCUGCUGUUGAUUCUGCUUGUUUUCGAUUAACUGCUAGCUUUGUACGUAAAAAACAUAUGACUGACCCGAAUGUUCCCUACUGUAAAUACUAUGAGGAAUUCGAUCUACACGGUCGAGAUAAUCCGUUACCCACUGGCAUCUACGGUAUGGCUGAUAUCAAAACAUAUGCCAAAAAGCAUAACUAUUGUCCUUACUUCCUUACACGAUAUGCUAUUUCCUAUGCGAAUAUAGUCGUCUACAGCUACUUUUAUCUUCUUGAUCCGAAAAUAGCUAAUAUUGUCUCACGAGAAUUACCAAAGAAUUCAGUUGUUGUUUUCGAUGAAGCGCAUAACAUUGACAAUGUUUGUAUUGAGUCAAUGAGUUGUUUAAUUACAAGACGUUCUUUAGAAAAAUGUACAACUAGUUUAAAUCUAUUAACACAAACUGUUAAUGAAGCCAAGAUAAACAAUUCGGAACGUUUAAAAGAAGAAUAUCAACGUCUUGUUGAAGGUUUAAGACAAGCAAAGUUAUCAAAAGAGACAGAUUUGGUAUUAGCUAACCCAGCUUUACCAGACGAUAUACUUCAAGAAUCAGUACCAGGAUCACUUCGAAGUGCAGACAGUUUCUUGUCGUUUCUCCGUCGAUUUUUAGAAUAUGUAAAAUUACGUUUACGUAUAGCCCAUGUGGUUCAUGAAACUCCAGUAGCAUUCUUACGUGAUUGUUUAGAAAAAGUUUGUGUUGAUCGUAAACCACUACAAUUCUGCGCGGAAAGAUUACGUUCCCUGCUUCAUACUUUAGAAUUGGCAGAUUAUGCCAAUUUUUCUAGUUUAACUUUGUUAUGUAAUUUUGCAACACUUGUAUCUACAUACACUCGAGGUUUUUGUCUAAUCAUUGAACCAUUUGAUGAACGUACACCAACUAUCAUCAAUCCAGUGUUGUAUUUUCAUUGUAUGGAUGCCAGCUUACCUAUACGACCAAUUAUGUCACGAUUUACCAGUGUAAUUAUUACUUCCGGU